AUGGGUUCCCUUGGAAAGCUGCUACCCUUGCUGAUCCUCUUCACUGUCCUUGGUUUCAUGGCGUACUUCGGAUUUCAGAUCUACCUCUACGCAAAUGAGCUUGCCGACAAGGGCAAGAAGAGCAUGGAGAAGAAGAAUGUCGUCUUCACAAAGGACGGCAUGAAGGUCGGCGUGAAGGAGGUGCGCGAUGAGGACUAUGAAGACAAAACGCAGAGUUUUCUUGUUAAAGCCUGGAACCACUCGUCCUUCCCGGCUUACAAGAGCCGCCUGGGCUGGAACAAGCCUGCCCAGAAGCAAGCUUGA